AUGUCUCAAUCUCCGACCAAAUUUGUAGAUAUAGCGUACCUCACAUCUCCGUUUGGAAUUGUCACUUGCUCGUUGUGGUUUUCUUUGACUGUGGCGUUUUCAUGUGUUGCGGCGCAGGGUGUGGGAGCAAGACAUGGCCAUGAAUUUGAAUUCUGCUUUAUUGUCCAGGUCACUGGAUGGGUGAUGGUCACUUUGAUGAUGAUCAUAAUCAUGUUCAGCGUAAAGGACGUUCUCUCCGGGCACUUGGGAAUUCGCCCAAGAUGGCAUCAAGUUGACUUUUGGAUAAACCUAUUCCUCUCAAUUUGCCUUUUUAUUGCUGCUUGCUUAGCCUCAUCUUCAGACGAAUUGAAAUUUCCGUUUAUCGGGCCUGGAUUGAAAGCUUCUUGUGCUUUUACUUGGUUUUCAUUUUUCCUCUCAACCGCCAAGUGGAUCAUGCUUUUAGAACAAGUUGACGAACUUCCCUGCCCAGACUGGUGGCCCGCAAAGGGACUCAUUAUCCCAAGUGACGCUCACAACCCUAAGCCAGAACCUGAGCCAACGCCAAAUGAAGAAUCCUACCAAAAUAGAGUGAUCGAGAAUGAAAACUACAUUGGCGACGCUUAG